AUGCGGCCUAUACUCCCCUCCUGCUAUCUCUGCGGGCGGCAGUUCGGGACGACGUCGAUCGGCAUCCACGUCCCGCAGUGCUAUGCGAAGAAACUCGCACAGUGGGAGGCGGGGGACCCCGCCACGCGCGGGACCAAACCCCGACAUCCCGACAACGUCAACUGGCGCGGCGGCCCCGGGGUCUCCAUCGAGGAGCAGUCCGAUAUCCAGUUUAGGGAGUUCCUGAUCAACCUGGAGCCCUGCCCGAACUGCGGGCGGCGGUUUUUGGCCGAUCGCCUCGUCGUCCACCUGCGCUCAUGUCGCCCAGGGAAUACGUCGAGGCCUCCUGUGCACUCCAAACGAGGAGGGGGCCUCGACUCCAGCACCAAAAACGCCUCCACGGUCAUUACGCGGUUGUCCUCCACAGGGGGGUACUCGAGCAACUCCGGCGCGGGCUCUAUGAAUGCGGAACUCAUGAAAGGGGAUAAGUCCUCGACGACGGAUCUUAAGAGCAGAUUGACCGAGCUCUCGCGCACCGCAAACGGGUGGGGUAAGCUGCCCGAUCUUUUUCAUAAAUCCCAACCUACCAGCGAGGGCCGGGUGUGUCGUCACUGCUCCGCCGUUGAGAACGACAGCGGGGCGAAGUUUUGUCGUGAGUGUGGUUGGAACCUGAACACCGAGAAUAUGCCGAACCCCUGCAAACGAUGUGGAGAAAUAAUACCGGAUAAGUCUCGCUAUUGCGGGACCUGCGGAGAGCCCGUGGUGGAUGCCACGCACACCGAGCGAGAGCCUGGGUGGGGGAAUGAUAACGCGCUGACGAUGCACAUGACAACAUGCUCGGCCUGCAAGGCUCUGUGUUGCAAUGACGCCAAUUUCUGUGAUAACUGCGGUGCCGCUCUCACGGAACAAACCGUCCUGCCGGCCAAGAAUGAGGGACAAGCGAUCCCCGCAUCCCGCGCAAGCAAGAUGGGUAUGGUGUAUUGCAAGACGUGCGAUCUUUUCUUCGAGGAAUCCCACGCGGUGUACUGUGAGGAUUGUGGUGGGAAACUCGUGAAGCGGACAGAGUCGGAGACUUCGAAGAAUCCGGACACCACGAUGGGCGGCACUACACGGACAUUCGAGUCCCUCUCCAGCGAACUCCCCUCAAAAGGAAUCUUGUUGCCGCGCAUGAACACUUCUUCCUUCACCAAAGAGCGGUCAUCUUUAACGAUGGACGCGAUGCGCGCAGAGACGGCCUCGGCCCCUCCCACCGGGAGGUCGGACUUGGAGUUGGAAGAAUGGAAUGGCUCCGGCGAGCGGGAGGAAUGCCCCAGCUGCGGCCGCCAGUUUUCGCCGGAGGUUUUACAAAAACACAUGCGCAAAUGCGCGACUCGGAAGAAAAAAAGACCCGUGUUUAACAUAAACAAGAAGUGGUUGGAAGGUCUAGACGCCGUUCCGUCCAAGAGUGUGGGCGUUAGUAGUUCUGUACGCAAUAAAGGAGCUCAUGCACCACCAAAGAAGGACUGGAAGGCCGAGAGCGAAGCUUUCCGGCGUGCACUGCGUGAAGCCAAGAAGGUUGAUCAAGUUCUCAAAUCAGGGGGAAAUAUACGAGAUUUGCCACCACCGACGUAUAGUGAAAAUCCAGACUAUGUGUCUUGUCCUCAUUGUCAGCGCCGUUUUGCCCAGAAAGCAGCAGAACGACAUAUUCCGCACUGCGCAGUCACCAUGAAUAAACCAAAACCUCCACCAAAACGAAGAGGCGUCUAA